AUGCCUAGUAUUGGGACUACUUUGUAUCUCGCGCUCGUCGUCGCGUGGGGCGCAUCUUUCUACCAGUGGUAUGUGAACGACUUCUUCGCAGUCACUUUGGGUAUUGGUCGCGUAAUUCAAACCAUCGAUGAGUUUCCCUACACGUGCCGACGUAUUGAGCAUCCUAGAUUGGAAGCAUGUGAAGACAUAUGGCUUGACAAUGAGGCAAAAACUCUUUACGCGGCAUGUGCGGGAACAGAGGGACGACUGCAAUGGAGUCCGGCGAUGAAGCAUCUAAAUGCUACCGGAAGAAGACCCGGUGGCUCAGAGCUGAUAGCGCUGGACAUUGACUACCCCGGCGCAGAUGGCCUCUACAACCUACGUGCUAUCAAGCCAGCUGGCUAUAAUGGAGCUACUGGUGAUGAGUCCCUUGAUUUCGUCGGCUUCGAUGCUCAAAUAUUGGAUGGAGACACUAUUCGAUUUUACCUAAUCAACCUCCGCCCGCCAGUUGGAGCCUUCAACAACAUCAUCGAUGCUACAAAGUUGGGUGCCAAUGCCACGAUCGAAGUUUUUGAAACGAGAAGAGGCGAGGAUCAAAUGCGGCAUCUUCGAACAGUGUGGUCCCCCGCCGUUUGGUCACCCAAUCGUGUUGCUGCUGUUGGGGGAGGCGCAUUCUUUGUGACGAACGAUCACUCGGGCAAAAUUGGCUGGCGAAGAGAACUCGACGACUUCAUUGGCGGAGGAAACGUUGCAUACUGCGACGGUAAUGGCGAAUGCCAUGCUGCAUUCAAUGGCGAUGAGGAAGAUGAGGAUCUACCACAGGCCUCGAUGAACGAGCCGAAGUACAAGGCUUUGGUCAACAGGGCAUUGAAACUCAUUCCAAAAACAAAGCUCAAAUUUCCGAAUGGUCUCACCAGAGGCUUCGACGGCCUCAUAUAUGUGCCGAGUAGCGUGGAUGGUCAAAUUCGCGUUUUCUCUAUCAAUGACGACAAUACCUUGAAGCAACUCGAUACUAUCCACGUCCGCAUGCCACUCGAUAACGUUUCGCCCGAUGCGAAGGGUGAUUUGUACGUGCCCGGGUUCCCAAGUGGCAUUCAGAGCGCGAAGGGUCUGGCAAACCCCUAUGAGGAGAUCUCUCCAGUCAGUAUCUGGCGUAUUAGGAAGACGGUCGAUUUAGGCCCGGACGGUGUCAGGUCUGUUGACUAUCGCGUAGAGAAGGUGAUUGAGGAUCGAGACGCGAAGGUCCUCAGUGGAGCUACAACGAUUAGACAUGACGUGAAGACUGGGCGCCUUUUCAUUUCAGCUGCAGUACACCCGUUCCUUGCCGUAUGCGAGCCGCGUUGA